GCCAGCUCGGCCCAGCAGAUCCAGCAGCUCGGGGACAAGCUGGGCGAGGUGGCCCUGGACCACAGCGCGUGAUGGCAGCGCGGAGGACGGGAGGAGGGGGGCCGGUGCCCCGCGGCUCAGGGACCCGGGGGGCUGUGCCCGGGGCCGUCGGCCCCUCUGUGCCUUACGUGGCCCCCGCCGGUGGGGCCGGGUGCGGUGGCGGCAGUAAAGGGACGGACGGUGACGCGGCUUGGCUGUCUGUCGUCCUUGCUCCCCAUCCCCGGGCGCCGCUCCCCCUCCUCACCGGACCCUGCUCCUCCCCUCAGCCCCGUACCCAGAGCUCGCCGCCCGUCUGGGCGCCAUGACCCAGACUCAACUGCCUCCCCCAGGCCCUUAUCUGCCCCUCAGCUGCCCGUCUCAGCCCCACGACCAGGCCCCCGUGCGCUCCCCGGCAGCGCCCCGCAGCCAGCCCCGCUUUCGUCCCGGCCCCCCGUCCCGGCUGCGCGUCCCACCCACGUGGCGGCAGCGGUGGGGUCACGUGGUGCCCGGCCUUGCCUUCCCCGCCGCCACCUUGGAGCCGGGCAAGUGGGCGGGGCGCGUUGUGAUGACGUCACGUGGGGCGGCCCCGGGGCCGUGGCCUCGAGCGGGCGCUGGCGGCGGCGCGCCAUGGGGGCGGAGGAGCCCGACGUGUACCGGGACACGUGGGUCCGCUACCUGGGCCCACGCUCAGGACCCCGGCAGGGCACGGCGGGUGGGGGUGGCCGUGGCGGACACCUUCGUGUGGCAGAGCCUGGCCUCGGUGGCCAUCCCGGGCUUCACCAUCAACCGCCUUUGUGCCGCCUCGCUGGCCCUGCUGGCCUCCCUCACCCGCUGGCCUCUGCCUGUCCGAAAGUGGGCCACCACCGCACUGGGGCUGUCCGCCAUCCCUGUCAUCAUCACCCCCAUCGACAGGUCUGUGGAUUUCCUGAUGGAUUCCAGCAUCCGGAAGCUGUAUGGCACCGAGGAGCCCCCGUCUGCACCCUGAGCCACACGGAGCUGCGCGGGGAAACCGAGGCACACUGCUGGCUUUGGGGCACUGCACCCCCUGCACUGUGAACCUACACUCAGGUUGUGGCCACGGCGUGGCUGCACGCACCCUGCACUUGGUCCUAAUAAACUAUUUCAAACGUUA